AUGGAUUGGGCAGACGAUACCCAGUUAAGACUACCACUAAAAGACAGGGCAGACGAUACCCAGUUAAGACUACCACUAAAAGACAGGGCAGACGAUACCCAGUUAGGACUAACACUAAAAGACAGGGCAGACGAUACCCAGUUAGGACUAACACUAAAAGACAGGGCAGACGAUACCCAGUUAGGACUAACACUAAAAGACAGGGCAGACGAUACCCAGUUAAGACUACCACUAAAAGACAGGACAGACGAUACCCAGUUAAGACUACCACUAAAAGACAGGGCAGACGAUACCCAGUUAGGACUACCACUAAAAGACAGGGCAGACGAUACCCAGUUAGGACUAACACUAAAAGACAGGACAGACGAUACCCAGUUAGGACUAACACUAAAAGACAGGGCAGACGAUACCCAGUUAAGACUAACACUAAAAGACAGGGCAGACGAUACCCAGUUAAGACUAACACUAAAAGACAGGGCAGACGAUACCCAGUUAGGACUAACACUAAAAGACAGGGCAGACGAUACCCAGUUAAGACUAACACUAAAAGACAGGGCAGACGAUACCCAGUUAAGACUAACACUAAAAGACAGGGCAGACGAUACCCAGUUAAGACUAACACUAAAAGACAGGGCAGACGAUACCCAGUUAGGACUAACACUAAAAGACAGGGCAGACGAUACCCAGUUAGGACUAACACUAAAAGACAGGGCAGACGAUACCCAGUUAAGACUACCACUAAAAGACAGGAUAGACGAUACCCAGUUAAGACUAACACUAAAAGACAGGGCAGACGAUACCCAGUUAAGACUACCACUAAAAGACAGGGCAGACGAUACCCAGUUAAGACUAACACUAAAAGACAGGGCAGACGAUACCCAGUUAAGACUAACACUAAAAGACAGGGCAGACGAUACCCAGUUAAGACUACCACUAAAAGACAGGGCAGACGAUACCCAGUUAAGACUAACACUAAAAGACAGGGCAGACGAUACCCAGUUAAGACUAACACUAAACGACAGGGCAGACGAUACCCAGUUAAGACUACCACUAAAACGACAGGGCAGACGAUACCCAGUUAAGACUAACACUAAAAGACAGGGCAGACGAUACCCAGUUAAGACUAACACUAAAAGACAGGGGUGUCAGAUAUAA